CGGAGCCUUGGCCGUGGGACUGGGACAUCCUGGAAGCCCAGGGUGGAACUGGGACGUCCUGGGACCUGCGGCGUGGAACUGGGACGUGAGGGAGCCUCAGGGUGGUCCUGGGACGUACCAGGACCCCGGGUGUGGAAUCAGGACAUGCUGAGACCCCCGGGGUGGAACUGGGACGUACCGGGAGCACCGGCUGACCCAGGGCAGGAGGUGCCCAGGAUGGAGAAGGAAACCCCGGUGGGUGCCACCCCAUCCAGCCCCGGUGCUGACUGGGGGACGGACACACCCCCCUGGUCCCUGCAGCCCCCACAGCUCCCACCCGGCGAGGAUGAGGAGGAGGAUGAAGAAGGGGAUGAGGAUGACGAGGAGGAGGAGGAGGAGGAUGGUGAUGAGGAGGACGUGGUGGGUGAUGCCAAGGACAUCCUGCACUACGAGGAGCGCAUCGCCGGGCUGCUGGCCACGGUGGCCCGGCUGCACCGACGGGCAGAGCAGCUCCAGCGCCGCCCCAGCAGGGAGGGCGAGGAGGGCUGGGAGGGCACUGCCAGCCCCCCCGCUGCCAGCCCCACACCGCGGCGCCUCGACAGCACCGGCGCCGGGCAGGAAGCCCCCUGCCCCGACCUCUUCGCUGACCUCCAGCACGCCGUGAGCUCCCUGGAACGCGCCGUCUUCUCCCGGCACCGGCGGCCGCCGGCACAGCCCGUGCCCAGCGAGGAGUGGGCGCGAGCGGCCAAGAGCCUGGAGGAGCUGAGCCGGGCACCGGGCUGGGCCAGGCGGGCGUGGCGGUGCCCGGCGGUGGCAGCGGGCCAGGAGCUGCCAGCGGAGGUGGCAGCGGCUCUGGCGAGGAACGCGGCGCUCCGGGCGGCCCUGGGGCGCCGGGAUGAGGAGCUGGGACAGGCCACGGCCACACUGCGGGCGCUGCGGGGGGAGCGGGACCGCCUGCAGGGCAAGGUGCAGGACCUGCGGGACGCCCUGUCCAGGCUGGAGGAGCUGGGGGGCUCUGGAAGUGACACCCCCAGGGUCAGCAGCCCCCUGAGGCUGCACCAGGAUUUGCCCCGGUGUUGGGACAGUGCUCAGCCCCACGGGGUGCAGCCCCACAGGAUCCAACCCCACAGGGUGCAGCCCCUCGGUUCCCAGCCCCACAGCCCCCUGUCCCCCCAGCCCUCGGUGGGUGCCAGCCGGGAGCAGGAGGAGCGGCUGCAGCAGCUGCAGGGGUGCCUGGGGCGGCUGCAGGAGGUGAACCGGGAGCUGGCAGCCGCGCUGCAGGAGUGCAAGAGCGAGGCGGAAAGGCUGAGCAUGGAGCUGGGACAGCACGAGUCCCGCAGCACCGCCCUGCGCCUGGCCCUGCGCUGCAGCGAGCGCUGCGGGGGCGCUUAUGCCGCCCUCCUGGACCUGCUGCAGGCAAAGACAGGACAGGAGGACGGUGCCUGUGGGGGAGCUGUGGGAGAGCCGAGCCCGGGGCACGGGCAGGGGUCCAGCACUAUGGCCAUGGCAGGGCCGCAGCUCCCGGGCCCAGCAGAGCCGGACAGGCGGGAGGAGAGCGGGGCCAGCAGCUCCCCUGGAGCGCAGAGCGCCCCGGGGAUGGAGGAGGGGGCGCUGCGGGAGCACAUCCACCGGCUGCGCGCGGAGCAGGCGGCCGUGGAGGGGUCCCUGCUGGACACCCCAGCCCCCCCCGGGGUGACCCAACAGGGCCAGGACGCCAGGGCCCGGGCUGAGAGGGCGCUGCGGGAAGCCAGGGCGCUGCUGCCAGGCUGGAGGCGGCCCGAGAAGGCAGAGCUGCUGCAGGACCUGGCGAUGCUCAAGGAGGCCAUGGCUGAGCUGAGGACGCGGCUGCAGCUGGCGGAGAGGGAGAAGCGGGGCCUGGAGGUGCUGCUGGCCGGGCAGGGGCCGCGGGAGGCUGCCCUGCGCCUCGUGCUCCAGCACCUGGAGUGGGAGCGGGAUGGGGGCACCCGCCGCCCCCCCAGCAGCUCCAGCAGCUCCAGCAGCAGCGAGGGGGAUGCCCAGAUUGGCCGGGUUGGAGCGGCGGCUCCGCGGAACCCUCCGGAUCUGGAGAGGAUGAGGGAAGAGCUGCUCCGCACCUCGGCCAGGACGGAGGAGCUGCGUGCCCGGGCACAGGAGCUGGUGCUGUCCCUGGAGCAGGGCAGUGCUGCCAGCCGAGCACAGCAGGCACAGAGCGUCACCGUCACCACGGACCUGUUCCAGGCGCACAGCGCCCUGGCCCUGGCGUACCGCGGUGCCCGGCGCAAGCAGGCGGCCCAGGCGCGGCGCCUGGAGGCGCAGGCGGGAGCCCUGCGCAGGCAACAUUCCCGGCGGGAGCAGGCGCUGGCCCGCAGGCUGCACUCCCUGGAGCAGGGCCCGGCCGGCAGCGAGACCUGCAUCUAG